AUGCUGGGAGCCGGCGGGCGGGCGGGCAGGCUGGCGGCGGGCGGUGGGGGGACUUGUUGUUCUUCGCGAAGUCGGAGCCCGAGCGCGCGGCGGAGGCGGCGGCCCGGGGGGAGCGCGGGAGGGAGCGCGAGGAGAGCGCGUGCCCGCGAGGAGCCGCCGCGCGCCCGCGCCCCCGUGCGACGCCAGCUGUUGUAGCUGAGGCAGAAAUGGGAUGUCCCACCUAACAGUUCAUUCAGCAGUUGAUCAACCCUCAGCCACCUCCUCUUGCCGGGUGCCUGGCCUCGGGAACCCGACACAGAAUCACUGGGCUCCCACGAGUGUGGCUUGGGUGCCCACCCGCUCUCCCCUGACCCGUUUACUGGCGUUGGUGAGGUUUGCUGUCACGGCGAUCACGGAGCAGGUGCGAACGUCGGAGCUCAGAGGGGGAGUCAGAACAGGAAGCAACAGCUGCUCACACCUGGCCUCACCCCAAGGCGCUGGUGCUCACAGCACAGGCCCGGCGGGCAGCGCUGGACGGCCGUGUGGCUACCGGGCAGUGGGACAAGUGAUUUCCCGCAGUUCUGUCCGGGUGCCUGUCCCAGGUUAUGACGACUAACCCCAAACCGAACAAGGCGUUAAAGGUCAAGAAGGAGGCGGGCGAGAACGCCCCAGUGCUCAGCGACGAUGAGCUGGUGUCCAUGUCGGUGCGGGAGCUGAACCAGCACCUGCGGGGCCUCACCAAGGAGGAGGUGGUCCGCCUGAAGCAGCGCCGGCGCACGCUCAAGAACCGCGGCUACGCUGCCAGCUGCCGCAUCAAGCGGGUGACGCAGAAGGAGGAGCUGGAGCGGCAGCGCGUGGAGCUGCAGCAGGAGGUGGAGAAGCUGGCGCGUGAGAACAGCAGCAUGAAGCUGGAGCUGGAUGCCCUGCGCUCCAAGUACGAGGCCCUGCAGACCUUCGCCCGCACCGUGGCGCGCGGGCCCAUCACGCCCACCAAGGUGGCCACCACCAGCGUCAUCACCAUCGUCAAGUCCGCUGAGAUCUCCAGCUCCGUGCCCUUCUCGGCCGCCUCCUAGUGCCGGCCCCGGUUGGGCGAGGGGGCCGGCGGUGGGGCCAGAGGGGCUGUCCCUCGUGCUUGUUGGAGGGUCCCAUGGGGAGCAGACCCCUGAAACCCCGAGUCCAAGCACAGGCUCCCGUGGGCUCCUGGCGGGGCGAGGUCACAGGGGCCUGAUGAAGAGUUAGGGGCCUGUGAGCCCGUGUGCCGCACGCCUGCCCACACGCACAUGCACACACACGCACCUCGCCUUCCUCUGGGCCCUGCCAGCUCUCUGCGGACUGUCUCUCUUCCGGAGCCUGUGUCCUGUGCCGGGGGAGUUGGAAUGUCUGCAGGGAGGGCCCUCAGCAGGUCCCUGGCCCUGUGGCCUGGGUGGCAAGGGCUCCGUCUUCCACCCCUCCCACCAGCAGCCUGUCAACACACGUCAUCGUGCCUGUCCCCCUGCCACCUCAGCAGAGCACCUGCAGCACCAGGGGCCUGGGAGGAGUGGCUGGUUGCAAGUGGUCCUGGGGGGGGCCUGUGGGUGCAGGUGCAUGAGUGUUGUGAGUUUUCUCUCUGUGUCGGGGUGGCCGGAAGGAGGUCCCUAUUGAGGAGCAGUGGCAGCCUGGCCUGGGGACCCAGCCCCCACUGCGGCCGCCUCGCAGAGCCCGGGAAGGUGGUGCCCAGCAUGGGAAGGGGGCGAUGGGCCUUGGGGGCUGGGAGGUGGGUGGGGAGCAGGUUCUGUGCAGAACGGCGGGCUGUCAGCGAGGCCUCCGGAGCGGCCAUGGAGCUGGGGGGCGCCUGGCUGCCUGUGGCUCCCACUGCUGGAGGAGGUGAGAGAGCAGGGGGCUGGGUGGGAUCAGAAGAUGAGGCGGGCUUGAAUGGGGCAGAGGAGGUGAUGGUGGGCGAGGUGGCAGGCUCUGGGCCAGGAAGUCCACACGGACCAGACGGGCCUCCCGGAAGCACCUGGAUGGUGUGUCAGCACAGAGGAGAUGAGGGGACUCUGCAAGCCUGGUGCUGAGUUCCCUGGAACCUUCACCGGCCCUUUCUGGGGCAGGUGACCUUUGCUGGGGCGUCCCUUCCUUGAGAGCCACCGCGGGGGCUCCCUGUGUGGGCCGGGCAUGGACGGCCACUUCUACCCCUCCUGGGAGGAUGCUGGGGCCACGGCCCUGGGUCUGAGUGAGCUGCUGAGCCCCAUCACUGGCCGGAAGCCUCUGGGCUCCAGCUCCCGGUUUCCUCUUGUGCCCUGCCACCCAGGGAGACCCCAGCAAGCAGGUGUCAGCUGUGCCAGGGUUGGGGGAGGACUGACAGCCCCAAGGGCUGCGUCCAGCUUCUGUGUCUGCUGGCAGGAGCAGACAGAAGGCAUCUGGGCCUCUCCAGCAGCAUUGCCACAUGGCCUUGUCCCUGUCCUGGGAGAAGGCGGAGGGUCUGGGGCGCUGGAUCCUUACACAGCCCGGUGUGUAACAGAAAGGCCCGGUGUGUAAGCAAAAGCUGUUGAUCGCAUAGCCAUGGUAGGUAAUCCACAUUGGAUGUCAAUAAGGACCAUGGGGAAAUAUUUAAAAAAGAGAGAAAAGUAUAUAUAUAUAUAUAUAAAAUUAUAUACACAUUUUAUCGUACAGACCUUUUGUAACUCUUUUCCUGUUGGGUACUGUCAGCCUUUGAGAGCAGAGCAGCCGUCGAGGGCAGGGCAGUGGGAACCUGUCGCCACCCCGCCUGGCUCCUCAGGCACCAGCUCGCAGCCCGAGGUGGAAGGCCCGGUCGCCUCCCGCUGCCCUUGGUCUCCCCUCCUGCCCAUCUGACUUGAGUCCCGCAGAUGACCUGGGCGCACCCCCCGCCCACCCUGGCCGGCUGUCCUGCCCAGUGGCCGCCCUGGGUUCACAGAGCGCCCCGUCCCGUGGGGUGCAGGUGGGCGAGUGCUGGCUGGGGCCUCCACGCUCUGGGAGGAGCUGUCCCCGCGGCUGCCCAUCGCCCUCCCGGGAUCAGGGGCCAGGGAAGGAAGACUGGCUCGCUCCCUCCUGCUUUUCUUUUUGGAUCAUUGAGAUGUCAUUGUCACAAUUUUAAUAUAUGGGUUUUUUAUUUAAGACAAAAGGCAGGGACGUCUUUGUGGCGUGGGUUUGUCCUCCUGUGCUUCUGACUCACGAGUCCCUGACACCCGCAGGGCCUGGCCCCCCGGGGGACGGGGCCUCCCCUUCGUAAGCUCGGCACCCACCGGUUUUCCCCGCCUCUGCCUGCCCAGCAGUUUCAUUUCAAUAUUUAUUUUUGUGCUGCUUUUAUCAUGAUAUAAAUUAUUGAGAAGAGACCUUAUGUCGUGGCCCACACCUGCCCUGUCCCCUCACGGCCACCACCUAAUUUAUUGCUGUACAUCUCUGCUGUGACGCUUUUGUACCUUUGCAAUAAAGACUUUUCUGGUUUCA